AUGCUUCUCACGACAGCAACAAGUACCAAACCACGGGUCAUUCUUGGUUUGAUGACCUUCGGCCCACCCGGUACAGAGUCUAAAGGAGCCCGUGUCACGUCUAUCGAUGAUUACAACUCCUGCCUCGACUAUCUGCAGAAGAGUGGGUACAACGAAGUCGACACCGCUCGCGUCUACGUUUCCGGCGACCAGGAAGCCUUCACCAGAGAGGCGAAAUGGAAGGAACGUGGCCUUCAGAUCGCAACGAAAUGUAUGCCACACAAGCCCGGCAUGCACAAGGCCGAUGCUCUCAAGGCUACACUGAAUAAGUCACUGAGGGAGCUGGGAACUGAUUCAGUUGAUAUCUUCUACCUCCACGCUCCGGAUCGAAGCGUGCCAUUCGAGGAGACCUUGGAGGCAUGCAAUGAUCUCUUCAAGGAAGGCAAGUUCCAGUAUCUCGGACUAUCGAACUAUGCUGCGUGGGAAGUCGCCGAGAUAUGGAAUAUCGCGAAAGAGCGUGGUUGGGUUAAGCCGACCAUCUACCAAGCCAUGUAUAAUGCAAUCACGCGUGACAUUGAAACAGAGUUGGUACCAUGUUGUCGGAAGUACGGCCUCGACAUUGUCGUCUACAAUCCUCUUGCGGGUGGCAUCUUCAGCGGCAAGUACAAGUCUGCCGAGUUACCAAAAGAGGGUCGAUACUCCGCGACCAACGAAAGCCAGGGCAAAAUGUAUCGAGACCGGUAUUUCAAGGACGCUACUUUUGAUGCCCUCCGCCUGAUCGAGCCCGUUGUGCAGAAGCAUAACCUCACACUCCUGGAAACGGCGCUUCGGUGGGUCAAGCAUCAUUCUAAGCUCAAGAUCAAUGGAGUCCGCGAGGGCGGUAACGACGGCAUCAUUAUUGGUGUGAGCAGUCUAAAGCAGCUCGAAGGCAACAUCACGGAUCUGGAGAAAGGCCCACUACCUGACGAGGUGGUUGAAGUUCUGGACAACGCCUGGAACAAUAUCACGAAAGCAUCUACGCCAUUGUACUGGCGCUAA